GGGAGGAGAGGAGGGAGGGGAGGGAGGAGAGGAGGAGGGGAAGAAGAGGGAGGAGGGGAUGAAGAGGGAGGAGAGGAAGAAGAGGGAGGAGGAGGAAGAGAGGGAGGAGGAGGAGAAGAGGGAGGAGGGAGAAGAAGAAGAAGAAGAAGAAGAAGAAGAAGAAGAAGAGGAGGAGGAGGACGAAGAGGAGGACGAAGCGGAGGACGAAGUGGAGGAGGAAGAGGAGGAGACAGAGGAGGAGGAAGAAGAGGAGGAAGAGGACGAAGAGGAGGAAGAGGAGGAAGAGGAGGAAGAGGAAGAAGAGGAAGAGGAAGAAGAGGAAGAGGCGUUAAUAUAGAGAAGGAAAGGACGAACCAAUGAGGAAAGAGCACUAAAAAGCUCGCUUCACGCAAAAACAACCGCUCAUUGCUUAUCGACAACA